AUGGAGAAGGAGGAGGAGGAGAAGAAGAAGAACAAAAAACAACUAAAAAAAGAGAAAACCUGUGUUGGGUUCUUCGUUUAUUUAUAUACUCAAAAGAAUCCGCCUCGACCAGUAGCGACCAACUUUGAUAGAAGUGUCAGUGACGCUAUCUCCCGGGAAAAAAAGAUAAACGCCGAGAUAAGAACGUACGAGCCAUUGGGAUAG